UACACAAGCUAAGUGCGCUAGGGAUAGCCAUGGCGGAAAAUCCCGUUUUGGAGCAGUUGCUGCGGCGGCUGGAGGUAGCUGAUGGCGGCCUGGACAGCGCGGAGUUGGCUACGCAGCUGGGCGUAGAGCACCAGGCAGUGGUGGGCGCUGUGAAGAGCCUCCAGGCUCUGGGUGAAGUCAUUGAAGCCGAGCUUCGUUCUACCAAGUGCUGGGAGCUAACUACUGAGGGUGAGGAGAUUGCCCGGGAGGGCAGCCAUGAGGCCCGUGUGUUUAGAAGCAUCCCUCUCGAGGGCCUGGUGCAAAGUGAGCUCAUGCAACUGCCCAGCGGCAAGGUGGGCUUCAGCAAGGCCAUGUCCAACAAGUGGAUCCGAGUGGACAAGAGUGCAGCCGAUGGGCCCCGGGUGUUCCGCGUGGUGGACAGUAUAGAGGAUGAAGUACAGAGGCGGUUGCAGCAGGUCCAGGCAGGCCAGGCUGAGAAGCUGGCUGAAAAGGAAAGGAAUGAGCUCCGGAAGAGGAAGCUGCUGACCGAAGUGAUCCUGAAAACCUACUGGGUGAGCAAGGGCAAGGGCUUCAGCACAAGUGUGUCUAAGCAGGAGGCCGAGCUGAGCCCAGAGAUGAUCUCCAGUGGCUCCUGGAGGGACCGACCCUUCAAACCCUACAACUUCUCCGCCCGUGGUGUGCUCCCAGACAGUGGCCACCUGCACCCCUUACUCAAGGUCCGCUCCCAGUUCCGACAAAUCUUCUUGGAGAUGGGGUUCACAGAGAUGCCUACGGACAAUUUCAUUGAGAGCUCCUUCUGGAACUUUGAUGCACUCUUCCAGCCUCAGCAGCACCCAGCGCGUGACCAACAUGAUACUUUCUUCCUUCGAGAUCCAGCAGAGGCCCUGCAGCUCCCAAUGGACUAUGUUCAGCGGGUGAAACGAACCCACUCCCAGGGUGGCUACGGCUCACAAGGCUACAAGUAUACCUGGAAGCUGGAAGAGGCCCGGAAAAACCUGCUUCGCACACAUACCACAGCAGCCAGCGCCCGAGCCCUCUACCGUUUAGCCCAGAAGAAGCCAUUUACACCAGCCAAGUACUUCUCUAUUGAUCGUGUGUUUCGGAAUGAGACGCUGGACGCCACACACCUGGCCGAGUUCCACCAGAUUGAGGGUGUGAUAGCUGACCAUGGUCUCACCCUGGGCCACCUCAUGGGUGUACUGAGGGAGUUCUUCACCAAGCUGGGAAUCACACAGUUGCGCUUCAAGCCGGCCUACAACCCCUACACAGAGCCCAGCAUGGAAGUGUUCAGCUACCACCAAGGUCUAAAGAAGUGGGUUGAAGUUGGCAACUCUGGAGUCUUCCGCCCUGAGAUGCUCCUGCCUAUGGGGCUCCCUGAGAAUGUGUCUGUCAUUGCUUGGGGUCUCUCUCUGGAGCGCCCAACAAUGAUCAAAUAUGGUAUCAAUAACAUCCGAGAGCUGGUGGGCCACAAGGUGAACCUGCAGAUGGUAUACGACAGCCCCGUGUGCCGACUGGACAUUGAGCCCAGGUCCUCAAAGACACAGGAGGCUGCAUGAUAACAGGCUGCCCCAGCGAUCCCUGUCCAGUCCCUGUGCAUCCCGCAGCAGUGACCUACUAUUUAUGAGGCCUCCGUGAGGCCAGCUGUCUCCCUCUGCCUCACACACCCCAAGGGUAGGGUUCCAACUAUGGGAGCAGGUUCCUUGUGCUGGCUUUUAGUGGUCUGUGUAGUUUGCUUGUGAGGAUGGGUUUGGGCCCUACGGGUCAGCUGUUUAAUAAAGUGGGCACGUUCCCUCGGAUGGUGCCUUUUGUUAGGA